UGGGCGUGGUCGCAGAGCACUUCCCACUCAUCAGACAUUUUUUGCAGUGUGAUUGCAGUGUACGGGCAGCAACGCUCUCACCGUCGCAACAGUAAAACCGACUUUAUUUUACUAUUAUCAUUAUUUUUAUAUAAAAAAGGAGGUUUCCUUUUGACCUGACCGGAUAACGGAUUCAAGAUGUUUUACACAUGUGGACCCAAUGAAGCGAUGGUGGUGUCUGGCUGCGGCCGUUCUCCACCUCUAAUGAUUGCUGGAGGAAGAGUGUUUGUCUUGCCGUGUAUUCAACAAAUCCAGAGGAUCACACUCAACACCCUGACUCUAAAUGUGAAGAGUGACAAAGUCUACACCCGCCAUGGUGUCCCUAUCUCUGUCACCGGCAUUGCGCAGGUGAAGAUCCAGGGCCAGAACAAGGAGAUGUUGGCAGCUGCCUGUCAGAUGUUCAUGGGAAAGUCUGAGGCUGAGAUCGCUCAGAUUGCAUUGGAGACACUAGAGGGACACCAGAGAGCCAUCAUUGCCCACCUGACUGUAGAGGAGAUCUACCAGGAUCGUAAGAAGUUUUCUGAGCAGGUCUUUAAAGUAGCCUCCUCUGACCUGGUCAACAUGGGGAUUGGUGUCGUCAGCUACACGCUGAAAGAUGUUCAUGACGAUCAGGACUACCUCCACUCGCUGGGUAAAGCCAGAACUGCUCAGGUGCAGAAGGAUGCCAGGAUUGGAGAGGCUCAAUACAAACGAGAUGCUGUCAUUAAGGAGGCACACGCAAUGCAGGAGAAGGUGUCUGCUCAGUACAAGAAUGAGAUUGAAAUGGCGAAAGCCCAGCGAGACUAUGAGCUGAAGAAAGCGGCUUAUGACAUUGAGGUCAAUGCCAAGAAGGCAGAGUCAGAAAUGGCCUAUCAGCUUCAGGUGGCCAAGACCAAGCAGCGCAUCGAAGAGGAGAAGAUGCAGAUUCAAGUGGUGGAGCGUACGCAGCAGAUUACUCUGCAGGAGCAGGAGAUCACACGCAAGGAGAAGGAGCUGGAGGCCAAGGUUAAGAAACCUGCAGAAGCUGAGAAAUACCGACUGGAGAAGUUGGCUGAGGCCCAGCGUCUGCAGCUCAUCAUGGAAGCUGAGGCUGAGGCAGAGUCCAUCAGAAUAAAGGGUGAGGCAGAGGCUUUUGCCGUGGAGGCUAAGGGCCGUGCUGAGGCCGAGCAGAUGAACAAGAAGGCAGAGGCCUUCAAGCAGUACAAAGAAGGAGCCAUGGUGGACAUGCUGCUGGAGAAACUGCCAUUGAUGGCAGAGGAAAUCAGCAAGCCACUGUCAGCGACACAGAAGAUUACCAUGGUGUCCAGCGGUGGCGCAGAUGUAGGAGCCUCCAAACUUGCUGGAGAAGUGUUGGACAUCAUGACCAAGCUGCCAAAUGCUGUAGAGAAACUCACUGGAGUCGACAUCUCCCAGGCUGCAGGGAAAACCACCCGGGCGCAUUGAGAAGAGUAAUCAGGAGAGGUGUCAACAAUAUUUAGACAAAGAGCUCCACAUCUCCUCGUACCUGUAACGACUGUACUGACUUGUAAACACUGUAAACCUUUCUCAUUGUCUGUGUGAAUGCAUGCUUUUCACUCAUGUCCUUUCCCCAGUCUAAACAAGGCUAGGUUUUUCUUCCCCUGUUGUGUGGUUUUCUUUUCAUGUCCCUGAGCUGUGCUGCUGUGCUUCAUGCUGCAGGUCACAUUGCAACCAGCCUCACAUGAUACAGCGACUGCACAACUUCUGUCUUUGGCUGACAAAAGCCUCAGCUAAUACGUAGAAGCCCAGUUUUUAGGGACUAGGUCAAUGAACUAUUAUGUUUGUUUGUUUUUUUUACUUUUUAAUCUGAGAAUGUAGGAAAAGCUUAUAGCCUUAUUCUAUUUUCUUUCUGUGCCUUCCAAUUAAUCAAAUAAUGCAAAACAUACACUUUCAGGGAGCCCAACUGAUUAUGCUGCUACACUUCUGCCACUGCUACACACCCCUUUAUUAAAUCUGUUCAUUCACCUGGAGGCUCUGAGCACGAGAGAAGGAGGUUCUGACAAAGUCAGACCCUAAAAAACAAACGUUAGUGCAAUGUACAUUCUACAUUUAGACCACUGACUGAAAUCUUGCUGAGAGCGUUUAUCAAAUCACCUCAGAGUUUUGUGUGUUGAAAUGUUGUUAAUAUUUUUAUGUACUAAUCACAAAAGAUUGAAUGUCUCUUCUUUGUCUACUAGUGCAUUGCAAAAAGACAUACGUGAGACUCUUUGUAAUAAUGGAUUACAUUGUUGGCAACAAUGUUAUUGGCUGGAACUGCAAGUGGGAGGAGUUUCUUUGUGUCUUGAAAGGAGGAGGGAGGAAGUGGGUGGUUGGAACAAUUUAUGGUUUGGUUAGGUUUCCUGUUAAAGCCAAUGAAAGUAUGUUGAACCUUUUGUUUUCUUCUUUACUGUAACUGCCUUUUUAUACAGCUGUCGUGAGUAAAGAAGGACCAUCACGAAGUACUACUGCUUUGUUAUGCAUGCUGCCUUGAGUUUAGUCGCCUUGUCUUUUUCCUGCGUUAAAGUAGUGAAAUUUUUUUUCCUAGUUGUUUUUUUGUUUUUUGUUUUUUUUAAGAAUCACUCCGCAUUUUGCAACCAAGUGCCUGGUUAAACUCCUCAGGCAUCAGUUUAAGACUAGUUAAACUCAUCAGGGAACAGUUCCUCAUAUCAAACUGGUCUUAGCCCAGUUUGUCACUUUUAAAAAAGGACGAAAGCCAGAAUCCGCCUGUCUCCUUUGGUGCUUCCUAGUGACUAAUACUUUCUUCUUCUUCUUUUUUUUUAAUGUUGCAUUUUCAGCCUUCGUUGAUAUAGUGUGAAAGUUGGCUGCUUGUAUCAAAUAUUAAACAUAAUCUAUGUUAGACUUAUAAUAAAAUAUAUUUCAAUCGA